AUGUGUGAAGUAUUGCCACAAACGGGACACCAGUUGGCGGUCGAUGUGAAGGACAAGACCGACAAAGAGGUGGCGAUGAGUGAAGAGGAGGCGGCCCUCUAUGACCGACAAAUCCGUUUGUGGGGGGUUUCGGCUCAGAAGAAGCUGAGGACCGCUAAUGUCUUGAUGGCGGGCGUGAAUGGCGUGGGCUCUGAGGCCGUCAAGAAUAUAGUGCUGUCGGGCGUCAAAGGCAUCACUCUUUUGGACGACCAGAUGGUCGACGCGUCCGACACUCUCUCCAAUCUGUUCACAAAGCGACGGAUCGGACAAAAUCGCGCCCAAGUGUCCAAAGAGUUGGUCCAAUCACUCAACCCUAAUGUGGCCGUCAAUUGCGACAAUACUUCCCUCAAAGACAAAGACGUGGAUUACUUUAGGGCCUAUGAUGUGGUGAUUGUGGCCAAUCAUGACAAGCAAACCAUGAUUAAAGUGAACCGAAUCUGCAAUGAACUGAACAUCAAGUUCUUCGCGACCGCUAUUUGGGGUUCAUUUGGCUUCACGUUCACUGACUUGGGUUCAGACCAUUCAUACUUUGCUGAAAAGCCAAACUCGAAGAGCAAACCAAACAAAUCGUCCAAAAGUUACACGCCGUUGGAGACGGCGCUGGCCGUGAAGGCAGGAAAGGCUGGCUAUGGACUCACCAAACGGACGAGUAGUACAUUCAUUAUAACUCAUAUAAUCCUUGAGUUCUGUGACAAACACUCUCGCUAUCCAUCGACCGAUUCUCGCGACGAAGACAUCAAAGAAUUGGAAAAAUUGCAGAAAGAAGUGAUCGAAAGACUGGGAGUCGACGACAAUAUAAUCAAACACAAGGAUUGGCACAAAGAGGUCUUCGGGCAGUUAAGUCCCGUCAGCGCUAUUGUGGGCGGAGUUUUAGGUCAAGACGUGAUUCGUGCCGUUUCUCAAAAGGAUAGUCCCAUCAGAAACUUCUUCCUCUUCGACGGCAUUCUCUGCAACGGUUCCAUCGAAAGUAUUGGCAAAUAA